AGAACAAGAGCUCCAGCAGAGAAUUUCACUGUAGGUUGGCUCCACCUGGGAUUAACCAGGGUGAUUGUGACAAGGAUAAAGAUGAAUUCUGAAGAUUUUUCUGCAACAGAGACCAGCUCCUUGCACCUGAAAAGAGAACCACAAAGUCAUGCCGCUGGGACUUACUCUGCAACAUAUCAUGAAGGAUCCAUUCAAGUUCCUAUCCCAUGUGCUGUAGUAAACGUGGUCUUCAUUACCACUCUCAUCAUAGCUCUCGUUGCUCUAUCAGUGGGCCAGUACAACUGUCCAGGACAACAUGUGUCAUCAGCGCCACCAAACAUCCAUGUGUUUCCAUGCUCAGAUGAUUGGAUUGGACACAAGGGGAAAUGCUAUCUUAUUUCCAAGAAAACAAAGAACUGGACCUUGGCCCAAAACUCUUGCUCCAAACACGAUGCCACUCUUGCUGUCAUUGAUUCUAAAGAGGACAUGAGCUUUUUAAAACAAUAUGUGAGUAGAGCUGAACACUGGAUCGGGCUGAGAAAUGAAGCUGGCCAGACGUGGAAAUGGUCAAAUGGCCAAGAAUUUAACAACUGGUUCAACCUUACAGGGUCUGAGAACUGUGCAGUUCUGAACAGUGCAGAGGUCAGCAGCACAGAAUGUGACAAGAAUUUACACUGGAUAUGUAGCAAACCCUCCAAAUAAAGAGGAAUCAUAUUUGCUUGUAGACAUUUUAACAUGGAACUCUAGGAAAUGUGACAAGUGUGGGCAAAUGCUGUCAGAAGUUUCCCAUUAAGACUUUGUGAAAACAAACAAACAAACAAACAAACCUUUGUAUUAUUUGGGAAACUUUCUUCCACACAAGACUAGAAAAAAUGGAGAAAAAUUCCAGGCAUGUAUGCAUUACGGAGUACUCCUGCCAUGAUCUGAAAGUGUCACAGGUUGACUGAUAAAUCUUGUCCAAGGAUGAGAUAAAUGACUGCAAAGCUUUUGAGUGCACUUUAUAUUUUUUUGAUUCAGAGAUAAUAAAAUAACUAGGUUUAGAGUUAUUAUUUAUUGUUGAAUGACUACAAACAAUAUAUGCCCUUCAUGCAUUUGUACUGUAUGAAGGAAUUAGAUGGUGGUAUUAAAACUGAAUGUAAGCAAAGAAAAUUUUAACUGGUAGUGCAGAGAUUUAGUCUAAAUGCAUUUUACUAACUCCAAGGACAUUAGCAAAUGGACAAAUGUUUAUGAAAUGAAACUUUGUAAUAUUUCUCUCUUUUUAAAGAAGUUUGUCAUUUUCUUUCUUUCUUUCUUUUUUUUAUUUUGUCAUUUCUCCCACAAAGAAUGGGAUGGAUAGGUAUUUAUGUUAUUUUUUUCACUUCUUCACUGUAAGCCUGUCUUUUUCAAAGGUAUAUAAAGUAUUGCCUUAUAUACAGUCCCUCACAAAGAUAAGGACAAAAAGAAUAUGAGGAAUAUUUGUAAAACAGAUAAAAGUGUUGGAAAAUGUGCAAUAUGUGGUGUGGCAAAUCUCUAUCAGGAAGGUCUGUAUUGUUCAAAUCUGGAAUAAUAAUAGUUCUAUUGCUUAUCAAUUUGUGGCUUUCCUGACACAAUUAUAUCAUGUGCAAUACUUCAUGUGAAAUAUUUCCUAAGUGCAAUAAAGUGUGUUUAUUUGUUUGUCUUUGGUAUCCAGUGCAAUUAUAAGCUGCUUUUAUAUAUGUUAAAAUAAAAGUAAAAUAAGCAAAAUGGUUUCUAAGAA